GCAAGUACUUCCGCCUUUAGUAGAGCGCAGGCGCGAAGUGGGCGCUGUGCUUCCGGGCCGGCGCGAUCGUUGUUGCUGCCGUCGCCGAGCCGCAGGCCGACCGCCGCCAUGAACCGCUUCUUCGGCAAGGCGAAGCCCAAGGCGCCCCCGCCCAGCCUCACCGACUGCAUCGGGACGGUGGAUAGCAGAGCUGAGUCGAUUGACAAGAAAAUUGCCAGACUUGAUGCUGAACUAGUGAAAUAUAAGGAUCAAAUGAAGAAGAUGAGAGAGGGGCCUGCAAAGAAUGCAGUGAAACAGAAAGCGUUGAGAGUGUUAAAGCAGAAGCGAAUGUAUGAACAACAGCGGGAUAAUCUAGCACAGCAGUCUUUUAAUAUGGAGCAAGCUAAUUACACCAUCCAGGCACUGAAGGAUACAAAAACAACGGUUGAUGCAAUGAAACUGGGAGUGAAAGAAAUGAAGAAAGCUUACAAGCAAGUGAAAAUUGAUCAAAUUGAGGACAUACAAGAUCAGUUGGAGGAUAUGAUGGAAGAAGCCAAUGAAGUCCAGGAAGCACUGAGUCGUAGCUAUGGAACACCAGAGAUUGAUGAAGAUGAUUUGGAAGCAGAACUGGAUGCUUUAGGUGAUGAGCUUUUAGCUGAUGAAGACAAUUCCUACUUAGAUGAAGCUGCUUCUGCCCCAGCAAUUCCAGAGGGCACACCUGUUGAUACAAAAAACAAAGAUGGUGUAUUGGUGGAUGAAUUUGGAUUGCCAAAGAUUCCUGCAACAUAAAUGUUUCAAAAGCACAAUGUAUAUAAUGAACUCCACUUUAGAAAUCAAGACUUUUUUUUUUUUUGGUAAAUCCUGGAGAACUUGUCCUUCCAGUGCAACCUUAAUAUCACUACAUCCUAGAAUGCAAUAUGGCUGGUGAUGGUCUUUCUUUGAAGAAAGUUGUUCUACUACUGACUUUUCUAUUAAUGGAAAAAUGUGGCACAGUUUCCUUCAGUGGAAGCAAACAGUCUAAAAGUUUUUGAUUUCUUGUGUCUUAUGGACAAAAUAAUAUGUAAAGAAUAGUGGUGGCUGUUUAUAGUGGAGGUUUGCUUUGAUUUUUGUAUUGUUUCUCUUUCUUGAAACUAAGAUUGUACGUCGCUGCUUUUUCUCUGUAAAAUAUCUUCCUUAUUACUAUACUUAUUUGAUAAAAAGAGUCAAAAACAUUUUUAAACUACUUCAGUUUGGAGACUUUUAUGCUAUUGUACUCGUAACCUUGAAAGCUGUGUCAAAUAGGGUUGUCAUAAUGUAUUGAACUUAGACAUAAAAUCACUUAGAUUA